AUGACCAUGUCUGACGCGGAGAUGGAUCGAGAGUGGAAGCCCUCGAGCAAAGUCCGCCCACAAUCAACAAUGGCUCAGGCCUUUUCCUCGGCGCUGGACAGCGCAUUCAUGCUCGACAGUGAUGUCAACCACCUGUCGUUGACAAUUGAUCAGAAUCGCAUGAUUGCCAGGAAGCAACAGAUGGCGAUCCAGACACGAGAACUCGAGUAUCUGCAAGCGCGAAUUCGCGAGGCCGAGGAACGACUCCAGGCUCAGGCUCACAACCCCUCCGCAUCGGCAUCUCAGGCAGGCCGAGUCACGGGAGAGCAGGGUCGGCCAAGCGGUGAGUUGGGGGUGAUCGGAGCCCGGUCUCCGGCUCAAUCUCUCCCGAUCCGGACCGGGUAG